AUGGAUGUUCUUCUGCGCCUCGAUGCCUUGUCGCGAAGAAAGAAAAGCAUCGACGCCAAAAGCGCUGCAACACCAGUUCAACAACCCGCUAUACCUCCGCUUCGACCUCAUCACCGCCCGAAUACCCCAUUGUCAAAGCGAUUCCCCGAAUUGCGCCAGGAACUCGCGACAAUGCUGAUCCCCAAAGCUGACCGCAAGAAGAUCCACGAGUACAUCUUCCGUGAGGGUGUACUCGUGGCUAAGAAGGACUUCAACCUUCCCAAGCAUGGUGACAUUGACACCAAGAACCUCUACGUGAUCAAGGCCUGCCAAUCCCUUACCUCGCGCGGCUACCUCAAGACCCGCUUCUCGUGGCAAUACUACUACUAUACCCUCACUCCCGAAGGUCUCGAUUACCUCCGCGAAUGGCUCCAUCUGCCCGCUGAGAUCGUCCCCGCUACCCACAUCAAGCAGCAGCGUUCGCACGCUCCCCCCCGCGGCAUGAUGGGCGGUGAAGAGCGCGAGAGACGCCCCGGCGGUCGUGGUGGUCCCCGUGGAGAUGGUGGCUACAGACGCCGUGAGCAGGGUGAGGGUAAAGAAGGCGGUGCCCCCGGCGACUUUGCUCCUUCGUUCCGUGGCGGCUUCGGUCGCGGACGUGGUGCUCCCGCUCCAUCUUCUUAAAUGAAGAUUAUGACGAUGAUGGAGGGACUAGCGAUGUUUUUGUCCUGUGUUGGAAAGGGAGGGGAAGGGAUUAUUAUCCCCGGGUAUCGUGUGGGUGGAUCCAAAUGAUGGGGGAAUUAAAUAAUGCAAUAUUUAACCUCAAAUGGAGAAGAAUACUUUACGUUAAAGACGAUUGCUCUUUCCACAUAUGUUUUUAUCUUAGAAUCUGUCAACAUGAGCCUUACACCGGCUGAUUUAUUUUGGCCACGCCAGAUAUCAUAGGCGGUAUCUUCAACGACCUCGAAUCGACUCUUACCCUAUCUGAAAUCCUGAUAUUGAAUAUUUAUUUUCAUUUCAUUUGCAAACAUUGAGAGCUCAAUAACCCAGCUGACCUUAUCAUAGACUCUUCAAUUUAGGGGAAAACACUCAUAACGCGGACUAACUCUGGAACCUCAUUCGAUCGUACCUCACCACGGCCUGCAGAAUAACCGUCGCCCCCGUAACGCAAUCCUCCGCUGACGAAAACUCCUCUGGAUGAUGGCUUACUCCAUCCUUACACGGCACAAAUACCAUACUCGUCGGUACCCUCUUCGACGUAAAGACACUAUCAUGCCCCGCCCCACUCAUAAUCGUCCGAUACAACGACUCAGGAUUCGGCUGAUCCUUCACAACAGCUUUAACGGACUUCAUCACACACCCAAUGCAAUCCUCAUGGAAAUUAACAGCCGGACUAUCCAGAUCCAACACCCACUCAACCCGACACGGCUUCCCAAUCCCCUUCCCUUCCUCUGCCGCAAUCGCCGCAAACUCCGCCCGCAACUCCGCAUCGCACCGCUCCACAAUCGGCGUGUCCGCCGCGCGGAAAUCGAGACUGAAACUGACAAAGCCUGGGAUCGUAUUGACGCUGCCCGGUUUGAUAUCGACGAUCCCCACACUCGCGAGGCCGCCGUGUUUCUGCGCGAUCUCGCGCGCACGCACCAUCAUUUUCGCAGCGGCGUAGAGCGCGUCUGCGCGGUGCUCGAAGGCUGUCGUCCCCGUGUGCGUGUCGCGGCCGGUGACAUUGAUGCGGUACCAGCGGUAUGCCUGGACGGCGGUGACGACGCCCACGCGCUGACCUGAGGUGAUGAGGUAGGGGCCCUGCUCGAUGUGGAGUUCGAAAUGGGCGGCGAUGGGGUAUGCGGUGUGCGAGCAUGGGGUGGUGCCUAGGUAACCGAUCUUUUCCAGAGCGGACUUCAUGGUUUCUGGGGCGGAGGAGGCUAUGGGGAGGGAAGCGACGGUGGGGACUUCGCGGAGGUUAUGGGCUUUUUCGAGAGGGAUUUUGCCCGCCCAGACUGCGGAGGAGACCAUGCUUAUGGGGAAGCGAGCACCUUCUUCGCUAUACUUUUUUGGUUAAUGGCUAUAUUUUUCCCGUUUAUCAAGGUGUUUAGAGGGGGAAUGAAGGAAGGGCGGACCCCUGUGUCCUAACUUACUUCGUCCAAUUGACAACACCAACUCCCCCCUCCGUUUCAAUCCCCUUUUCCUCUAGGACCUUAAGCAUCUCGAUGCCUGCACAGACCCCUAGGAUACCAUCGUAUCUACCACCAGUGGGUUGUGUAUCGAGAUGGCUCCCAAUGAAAGUAGCCGGGACAUACUUUCUUCGCCCAGGGCGGACAGCAAAGAUAUUACCCAUCUCAUCGACGGUGACAUUGCAGCCCAGCGCCUUUGUGGUUUCGAUAAACCAGUUUCGUACCUGUUUGUCUUCUUGCGAGAGGGCUAGGCGACCCAUUCCUGUGUCUGUUGGGUUACUGUAAGGUGGAGAUGAGACGUCAGCAUGAAAGUUCACCACUACCUCUGAUUUGGUCUAAACGCCCCUUAUCCCCCCCUGCCCCCUAUAUAUCAACAUCUACUAGUUGCCCAGCUCAUAGUGUAACCAGUUGCAAGGAGUUAUGAUUAGAGGGCAAAUAAACAAUUAAAAAUAAAUAAAUAAAUAAAGAACGUACUCUCCCCAUCUAAUGCCAGAGCCCCAUUGGCAACUAUGAUGAAUAUAAUCCCACAGCCUCUGCUUAUUUGCCUGUAGUCCCGAAACAUCGGCCUCCGAAA